GAUAACUACUUAAUAAUUAAUUACGCAAUGGCCGAACCUGAGAAUCUCCGAUAUCUUAAAUGCAAGAUAUGCUUAGACUUCUAUAAAAAUCCAAAAAAUCUUCGUUGUGGACAUUCAUAUUGCAAGAAUUGCUUGGACAACAACUUGAUCUUUAGAGAAGAUGGAAGUGCAGAAAUUUCUUGUCCUCUCAAAUGCAAAAGCAGUAUGUUGAUUGGCAAAUUAGAAACAACAUCUUCUUUACCUACAAAUUAUGCACUUUCACAAAUUGUAGAGGAUGUGAAAUCGAACUCAGUAAAAUCUCACAAUGAUCAGGAUAAACUCUGUCAGGAGUCAAGAGAGUGUGAAAAAAUCAUUAGUUUUCUGUGUAGAACAUGUGGCAGCAAGGUUUGUGAGCACUGCCAAGAUGUGCAUCCUUGCGAGAAAAAAGAAUUCACUGCAGUAUCGUUUGAUGAAAAAUUAUCACAGUUCCAACCCUUGUGUAGGGAGCAUGAUUCAUCUGCAAAAGAGAUUUGCAUUGAAUGUGACAAUAUAUUUAUCUGCUCUUACUGCAAACACAGAGAACAUAACAAUCAUGAAAGAAAAUCUAUUGCUGAUAUGGGUAAGGAAGCACAGGACUGGUUUCAAUCAUUUGCAGCUUCGCACGAGGAAAAAGUAUCUUUAUUAACCAAUUUGAAAAGGAAAUAUUGUGAAGUUAUGGUAAAGAUUAAGGACAACAGAGAAAACUUGAUUCAUCAAUUGGAGUUAAGACGAUUGAAAAGGGUUGAGCAGUUUAUUGAAAUGUUAAAUAUUAAAAAACAAAACAUGAUCAAACAAUUUGAUGACAAAGUAGAAGAAUUUAAUGCAAAAAUAACUGAUUUGGAUUCAACAGAAAAAAAUAAUAUGAAAAAAUUUUCAAACUAUAUUAAUACACUGAGCUCCAAGUCUCCUUUCGAGCUUGUCGCAGCAAAAGUCGAACAUGAUCGAAGACGGCUUGAUAUAUUCCUAUCUCCACCCUCUGUUCUGUGUCUCCAUUCACAACUGUAUAUUUCGAAGGAGCAAAAUAUGUUUGUUAAUCCUUUAGGAGAGAUUAAAAUUUCAAUUGAAGAAGCAGACGUUAGUUAUUUAAAUUCUGACGAAAAUUGUGUGUACAUAAACCGAGCAACUGAAUCUAAAGUUGAUUUAAAUCAUUUGGAACUUGAGCGUAAUUUGACGGAGUUUAUUGAAUAUUUACAAAGGUAUGAGAAACAUUCUUCCAAAGUGGAUGAUUUUCAAAGAAUUAAAAGAAAUACCAUGUCAGACUGUAUCAUAUCAAAUGUUGAAUCACCUUAUCAGUUUGAAGAAUUAAGAAAAAUUAUUGAGAAUGGUGAUGUCGCAGUAUUGCAAACAUUUCUAAAACAUGAUGAAGAUAUCGUGAAAAUGAAAGAUAACUUUGGGUGCACUUUGUUGAUUCUAGCUGCGCGCUACAACAAACCAUCAAUGGUAGAAUUUUUAAUUGAAGCAGGAAGUGAUGUGUAUGCUGAAAAUGUCACUAGAUGGAAUGCAUAUCAUUAUAGUGCAUGCUAUGGCCAUCAAUAUAUCUUGCAAACAUUGAUUAAUCACGACGAUACAAACAUCAAUAACGUGAACAAUGAUGGAAAUACACCAUUACAUUAUGCAUCACAAAAUGGUCAUGCUGAAUGUGUUAAGCUGUUCUUAAAUAUACCACAUAUCGACCUUGAAAUAAAAAACGAUUGCAAUCAAACUGCUUCUGAAACUACCGAUAAUGACACUAUCAAAAUUAUAUUAACAAAUUAUCAGAAAUUGAAGAAGUAAAGCUCUUAACCAGUUUAAUCAAGCUAGUUAUUCCACUUUAAAAAAUAUAUGACACUACCAGCUCUUAUAACGUUAGUUAUUAGCAUGGAGAUUUAUAGGUGUGGCCUGAAAAUAUAAUUAAACACCCUAGUUAUCUAACCCGUGGAAAAAUCCACUGGUAAUAAAGUAAUUAGUAUUUAGGCUGUUAAAAGGCUGUUGAAAAUAGGCAACAAAAAAUACACAAAGUUAAAAUUUGUAUUUUUCUUAUUGUUAAAUUGUUAACUUUUUUUAAAAAGCGCGAAUAAUUUAUAAAAACAAUGUAAUUGUCCGUAAUUGUCUACUAUUUCAUUAAUUAGAAAAAAAACAUAAAAAUUAUUCAACCGCGGCUAUAUAAAUAAACUUCUAAAUUAAAUAAUUUCAUUUAUAACAAAAAUUACAUUUUGUAUAAUUUGAAAACUCCUACGGCAAAAUAGAAGGAAUAUUAUUUUAUUUUAUUAAAUAAUUUGUUUCAGCCAAUCAAAAAUGUGAAUAAUUGUUUUAUUAGAAAAAAGUUUAGUUUUUUAGAGAUGUUUAAGCGUUCUUAAAAAUUAUUGUCACAGACAGACGGAACUGAUUAAUAUAGAAGACUAGUUAAUUUAAGUUUAGUUAAUUCUGUUAAAAAGGACAAGAAAUUUAAUUUGUUCCCCUGCACUUAUUAACAAGUAAACAAAUGUAUUGAUUGAACAUUCAGUACUGGUGACUUCUGAGUAAUAACAUUUUUUAAACGCGUUGUUUAGAAGAAGAAAUGACAAUAAUAGAUAUAUAA